AUAUGAAUCAAAGUUGUGACUUCUGUUUUAAUAUAUAAGAUACGCGUGCCAUUAUCAUUUAAUAUAAUAUUUUUACUUUCAAUUGUUAAUGCUAAUAUUUACCUACAAUUUAGGAAACUAUUUAUAUCUACCAGUAAUUUAGGAAAUUAUAGAUGCUAUACAAACUGAUUUCGUGGCUAAAAUUGAUUAAUAAAGUCGUACAUUAUACAUUACCUAAUUAAGCGAUACAUAAUGAUUUUGUUGCUAUUAAUAUAUUCUGCCAAAAAUAUCUUAAUGCAUACGUUGUUUAUAAAAAUAAUAAAUUGUAACUAUUAAAUAUAUAAUUAAAUUGACAAAAAAUCAAAAUAAUUACUUUUUUAUUUACAAUUUUUAAUGAUAAAUAAAUAAAAACAAUCAUAUAUUUUCUAUGGUAUAUAGUUAAAUUUAAGUGAUGUUAACAUACAUAUAUAGUACUUUUAAUAUGGUUAUAUAUUAAAUAAGACUUCAUACUCAUAUGAUUUUAUGGUCAUUUGUAAUUUAUAAGUUUAUUUAAAAAUUCAGUGCAAAUUAUUUUUUUAAAAAAUAUUAAGUUUUCAAAAUUUUUAAAUGAAAAUUUAAGAACCAAAAUAUUUAUUUUUAUAUGGUAUAUAAUUUUGUUUAAACAGUAUUAUUAUAUAUAUAUAUACUUUUAACUAGGUGAAUCUUCCGUGCACGAGUAUGAAUAUUUAUAAAAUAUAUUAUAAUAGCUAUUAAUACUUUAUUUUCAAUUUUACCUUAUUUAAUCAUUUCUAUAUAGAUAUAUUAAUAAUAUUAUAUUUUUCAAUUAGACAUCUCAUUGUGAAUAUAUAAUAUUUAGUCGGUUUGGUUAUUACUUAGGUAUUAGAUUGCACUGACUUCUUCAAAUUCAAUCAUAAUUUUUUUUUAUUCUAAAUCGAUUCAAUUUUUUAUUUGCAUUUAGAAUUAUAGCCCAUGAUCAAAUAGUAUCGUAUCCAAUAGGCAGUAGCGGAUGAAAACACACUAACGAAACGAACGCUUAUGUGUCAAUUUCUAGUUUCACAGGUGAUAAGUUGGCACAAUGAGAAGAUAUUUUGUUCUCUUUUAUUAAUAUAGAUUAUGUAUAUUUUAUUUAAGGAAGAAAAAAAAUAUAUUUCUGUAUUUAUGAUUAUAGACCUUUUAAAAUAUAGUAUUAAUGAUAUAUGUCAUAGUUCAAAAAGUUAAGGUUGUAAUAUUUUAGAAAUGAGGAUUUACCAAUGAUAAAUAAUAGUAGUAUUUUGUAAAAAGGGAAAAUAAAGGUUGACCUUCCCCGAAAAGGCCAAAAGAGUCUUCAAUGCGAACCAAGCAUGCUUGACUCAGGAAAAUAUAUAAAUCAUACGUAGAAACUAAACAAAUCAAAAGUAUAUUAAUUCGAGUUUACAGUAAAAAUAAUCCCUGAAAAAAAUGGCGGCAUAAAUUUCCCUCCAAAUUCAAAGCAUUUUUAUUAUGGACUCAAUCCCACCUUCUUCCCUCCAAAUCCUUUCCCAAAUCCUCCCCCUUUUCGGAAUAUUCCUCCUAAAUUUCGAAACUUUCACCAAUUUUUGGAGCCAAUUUCAAAAAUUUCUCCUUCAAUUACCUUCGAAUCGAUCUCGAGGUAGACGAUUUCCCCCAAAACUAAACCCUAGCUUCCUCUUCUACUUCUUCUCCUCCAUUUCCCUCGCUUUCCUCAGAAAAUUCGAUCUGGGUUUGUUGCUAAUGGCGUCGAGUGAUCCACCGCCGUCUCCUAAAAUCGAAAACCCAGUCAAAACCCUAGACGACGAGUCUUCCCCCACCGCUCCGAUUCGAGCCCUCGUUACUCACUCCCUCGCGCUCUCCUCACCAAUUCGCCAGAUCCAAAACCCAGAUGAAACUUCAUCUUCUCCCUCUAACAAAACCAUAUUCACGCCUUCUUCAGCCGAUAACGAGUACAGAGCUUCUCAGAUUCCGCCUGACGACAACUCUCGCUCACCAGGGAGUUACAUGCCUAGUUUUGAGUAUCUUAGCGACGACGACGAUGAUCACAAGAUGGAACCUGCAGAGCCCUUCUCAUGGUCGUAUCUGAAGAACGAACCCACUGGUGUUGGUGCUGGAUUGUAUAACUCAGGCAACACUUGUUUCAUAGCUUCUGUGUUGCAGUGCUUCACUCAUACUGUGCCUCUUCUCGACGCUCUUCGUUCUUACAAGUAUCAAGAUCCUUGCAACUGUGGCAAUGAGAAUUUCUGUGUUCUGAAGUCUCUCAGGGAUCAUAUCGAGCUUGCUCUGAGGUCUUCAGGAUAUGAUCUACAGAUCCAUCGGUUUCGUGAUAACCUUAAUUAUUUCUCGUCUGACUUCCAGAUAAACAACCAAGAAGACGCUCAUGAGUUUCUGCAGUCGUUUUUGGAUAAGUUAGAGAGAUGUUCUUUGGAUCUUACUAGUAGAAAUACUCCUGGAACUGUUGUCUCUUCUCAAGGUGUUAACAUUGUUGACAAUGUCUUUGGUGGGCGUCUCGUUAGUAAGCUUCGUUGCUGCAACUGCAACUCCAUUUCAGAGACUUUUGAACCGUCUGUUGGAUGGAGUCUUGAAAUAGACGAUGUGGAAGAUCUUUUGAGCGCUCUAGAGUCUUUUACGUGCGUUGAAAAACUCGAGGACCAGCUUACGUGCGAUGAUUGUAAAGAGAAAGUCUCAAAGGAGAAGCAACUUAACUUCGAUAAGCUGCCUCUUGUUGCUACGUUCCAUUUGAAGAGGUUUAAGAAUGAUGGAGUCUAUAUGGAGAAGAUUUUUAAAGAUGUCAAGUUCCCUUUGGAGUUGGAUAUGCUUCCUUACAUGAGCAGUAACGAAAAUCCUCAAGUUUCAACAAAAUACUAUCUCUAUGCCAUGGUGGAGCAUCAAGGGAGUGGAGUACAUUUUGGUCACUACUCAUCGUAUGUGAGGUCAGCUCCUGGGACAUGGCACCAUUUUGAUGACGCAAAGGUCAGGAGAAUCAGCGAAGAAUGUGUUCUAUCAAAGAAUGCUUAUAUGUUGUUUUAUGCAAGAGAAGGAACUCCUUGGUUCUCUAGUGCUUUUGAAGAGCUGAAGACAUUAUAUGAAGCUACUCUGAUAAGUUUCUCUCCCACGUCUGUGCUUGAGACCACCUGCAGAGAAGAGUGUAAUGCCAACAAAGCUUGUAAUGGCUCGGUUGGAGUAUCUAUCCCGAGUGGAAGUUACUCAGAUUACCGUUGUGAUGAGCCACAAGAUGAAGUGUUUUAUUCGGCAGAGCCUAUCAGUUAUGACGUAUCUUUCGCCUUUAAGUCACCACCAAAGGCUGAUGAAUCUGGGAAACCGUCUGCUGAGACCUUUCACCAAAAAGAGGCUACUUUGUAUCCAGCUGGCAACAGAGCUACUACCAUUGACGCUUCUGUGCCUGAGAUCAAGACUCAAGAAAAAGACCCAUCUCCAAAACGAAAAGCUGCUGAGAGAGCUACCAUUGGUGAAGAAGCUUAUCUGCCUAAGCACAAGAUUCAAAAACCAAACUCUUUUUCAAAACGACAAGGAUCAUUUCAGAUUCAACGAGAGCAUUUGCAAAAUAAGAAGAAGGAAGAAACUCAUGAAACAAAGCCGAUUAGAAGCACCGUUGCUGCUGCUUCUGUAGCAGAUGUUAAGGAGAAAGAACAUGCUAUUCAAUAUCUCAGGAACAUCCCUUCGUCUCGCUCUCGAAUGCUUGCUGCAGCUAUAGGUGUUGAGGUCAAAAAGAAGAAUAUCUCUAACAUCAGAAGAUCGAAUCUUCACAGGAAUCUCUCUGAACGGCCAUCAAAUUGAAGUUUGGGAUAAAAGCUACUCUGUUCAUCUUUCUUUAUUUGAUAUGAAGAGUUUUUCUUUAGUUUUGUUUGGGGUUUUCUUGUGUAUAUCACUUUCAUCAAAUUUUGUAAAGCUCCAACCAAAAUUCUAUAUAAAGAUUAAUGUUUUUUUUUCCA